AUGACAUCUGUGGAGAGAAAUCCUGUGCUCCAGACGGCUUUCACCCAUUUGUUUUGGGCUUUAAGUAAUUUCCAAACAGUUUAUGAUGAGCGCAGAGACCCGGGGUCGACCGACUUAGUUGAAAUACACUCGCGUCUCUUACCUCUGCUGCAGAAGCAGAUCGUGGACCUGGUAUCAUCCUUCAAGAUGAUUGACUUUGAAAAUGGACCGGUUCCCGAACUCGCGCUGUUUCCCAAGGUUGCAGCAUUCCAGCACACGUGGGAACGGACCAAUGCGGCUAUUGUCUCGAUCGCGCUACGUCCUGAUCAACCCGACUUCACCCAGGACCACGAUUGCAAAGACUUCAAGCAGUUCCGAUGUUCUCGGUUGAUGAACGGCUUCGACGAUCUCCGAUAUUUUGACUUCGGCUUCCUCGAAUGCGGCAGGGAACUGGCGCAGGGGAGCGCGGACGACGAGACGGCACCCGAACUUGACUCCGACGCCAUCGAAAACCCUCAGGAACAAGAAGACUGGCAGGCCGCGAAGAAGAGAGAAAUGCUGAUCAGAGCGGAUCACUGCACGCUCGCGAUCGAUGAUAUCGUUCAAAGACUCAAGCGAUCAGACCUUGGCCUUCUCCAAGAAAAAUGGCAAGGGUGGAUCGGAUCACCAAGCGAUGCAUGCUCAAUAAGCUACAUGGUCUCUCUCUCCUUUCUAUUCGAUCCCAAGCCAGCAACGCAGAAAGCGAGAAAUACGGAGUUGACUCCACUCCUGAGGUCGGCGAGAGCCCUGUUUAUCGUCUUCAGAGUUUUCUACAAGAAGCUGUCGGACAGCUCGACGAACAAGCUGCCGUUCGCUUUGAAAGACGUGAGCAGCGAUGACAUGGAGCUGAUACUCUGGAAGACGAAACCUCCGCCCGCUCUCUGCGAGGACUUUCUGUACGUGAUAAUGGACGUCUACUACCAGGAUGAUAUCGACCCCUUCCAACAAGGCAUCUUCCGACGAAUCGCUGUUGUCCUUCGCGCCGAGUUUCAAAAGACAUUGGAUUGUUUGAAAUCGUAUCUAAUUCCUUUGCCUCCCGAUCAACCCGGCCAUUCGGAUCCUCCGUUCGACGUCGACACUUACUUCCUCUGUGUAAAAGACCAGUUGCACGCCACUCUUGACAACCUUGUGAGGAUUUCAAACGCACUUCGACCAGUGGAUGAGGUUGGAUGA